CAUUCGCAUACACUGGAUGGGUAAGGCUUCCUGCUUCCUGGGACACAGAAGUGGGGUCAUGAUUCUAACAAUGGAUGCUGAUUUUGCCAAAGGAAACUCAAUCAGAUUUAAGCCUUCACGAUUGAUUCUAAGGAAGAGAGCAUUAAGUUUUCAGAAGGAGUUCUCGUUUGAAGAUAAGGAAGAACUUGCGAACAGCACAAAGGAUAUUGAUGCUAAUCUCUUAGCAGUACUUCCAAAAGUUUCAGAAUUAAGAAAACUCUUUGAACCCAACAACCGAGAUUUUUUGGAAAUGAAAAGAAAAGAAAGAAUAGCUAGGCGCUUAGAGGGAAUUGAAAAUGAUACACAACCUAUGCUUCUACAAAACUGCCCAGGAUCAGUCACACACCGUUUACUAGAGGAAGAUACACCAAGAUACAUGCGUGCAACUGACCCAUACAGUCCCCACUUAGGAAGAUCAAAUGAAGAGGAGGAAACUUCAGAUUCUUCUGUAGAGAAACAGCCCCGGUCAUCCAGAUACCGGUCAGAAACCACAGGAGGUAAUACAGAGCCCUUGUACAGUACAGCAAACAUGGAUGCCCAGGAACUAGAGUCAAAAGCAGAGAGAAUAGCUAGGUACAAGGCCGAGAGGCGACGGCAGCUGGCAGAAAAGUAUGGAUUAUCUCUUGAUUCUGAUUUGGAUUCUGACUACUCAUCCAGAUAUACGCGGGCAAGGAAAGAUCCCGACAGCGUGGAAAGAAAGGGAGUGAAAAGUGAAAGGCAAAAUGAUGAAAACAAGGACUAUGGCACCCUCUAUUUGUCCAGGACUGAGGCAAAGGCAUCAAAGAGCAUGGUUUCUGAUUCCAAAGAGUACUCCAGCCAUGAAGAUAAAGGUGACCUCUCAAAUGAAAAGAGUUUUAGAAAAGCAGAUGAUGACAGUGCCAUUAGACAGGCUUCUGACCCUUCAGCAACUUUGGAUAGUUCUGUCUCCCUUUCAAUUUCUGAACGAGAAUCUUCCUGCUAUAAUGAAGUGCCAAUAUCACCAAAGCAAACCCCCCGAGAGUCCCUCUCUUCACCAAAGCGGGCAGCCUCACCGACCCACCUGCAGAAUGACCAGCCCUUGCACAGUAACAGCAGACAAAGUAGUGCAGGGAAAGCAAAACCUGAAUGGUUCCUUCAGAAAGAUUCGGAAGGGGACACACCUUCACUUAUCAGCUGGCCCUCCAGAGUAAAAGUUAGAGAGAAAUUGGUGAAAGAGGAAAGUGCUCGUGGAAGCCCUGAACUUGUCACAGACACAGUAUCUCAGAGAAAAUCCCAUCCAGUGCCAGCCCACUACAUGYCUCCUSUUCAGACAGAAACGUCUGCCUUUGAUAGGGUCAUAAAUCAGCCCGUCAGUUCGGUGCGCCAGCCGAUCCAUGGCUAUAUCCAGCCUGCUGGCAUUGCUCACWCCGCUCAGCUGAUGGCAGCAGAAGACCCAGCAAACACCACCCCUGGCAGCCUCCUAACAAAAUCCUCAGCAGCCGCUGCAUCGGAGAGUGAAAAGAAAGAAGCAYCCGGUUAUGGAGCAAAACCUGAUGAAGAAUAUUCCUUGGAGGGUGAACAGGCUUCCAAAGGCAGAAGACCAAUUCUGCCAUCUGAGAUYCGCAAGCAAGGGAAGAGCCAUGAARGCCUCUUUGGAGGAGGAGAAUUGGAGACCCCUGUGGGGAGUUCCUCCUUCGCAAGCAAGCCAAAAGUGAACUCGGAAGUGCAGAGGGAGCUGGAAWGCAAUAAGAGGCAGGCCCCCGAGCAGCAGUUUAAGGCCCCUGAGAACAUAGAAAGGAGUGAAGCUGUUAUGUACAUACAGAGCGGAUCUGUGUUGCAGCCUGACAAGGCAAAGGCUCCCGUUUGGAAAGUGUCAACGACAAAGCAUAAGGUCCUGACUCGCUCCAUGUCUGACUAUACUGUGACUGCUAAGCUAGAACCCUUUAGAAKUAAGGAGAGCAUGGAAGCAAAUCCACCAAACGGUGAGAUUGGCAUGGUUGACACAAAAGUCUCUGUUGCCCAGCUCCGUAAUGUCUUUCUGGAGACUGCUAAUGCCAACAAGAAAGCGGAACUUGAAUCUCGGUUUGAGAUGGCAACGGCAGGCAGUACUGUGUCUGCCAAUGGGGACCGCGAAAGAGGGCCGCGGAAGGCCAGGCGCUAUUUUACUCCUGGUGAAAAUAGAAAGACUUCUGAGAGAUUUAAAACUCAACCUAUAACAUCAGCAGAACGAAAGGAGACGGAUAGGUCAAUUUUGUGUGCAGAAAUACCAACUGCUGACGAUGAAGAAAAAUUGGAUGACCGAGCCAAACUAAGCGUAGCUGCAAAGAGACUGCUUUUUAGAGAAAUGGAAAAAUCWUUUGAAAUGAAAAAUAUUCCCAAACCACCUACAAGAAGCUCAGCAGUGGAGAGAAGGCUGCGGCGUUUGCAGGACAGAUCUCACACGCAGCCCAUUACCAGCGAGGAGGUGGUCAUUGCAGCUACUGAAACUGCCCCUGCUUCACGUUCUGUGAAUACCCACUCAGUAGUGACAAGAGUACCUAGUCCCACUGUAGUUAAGAGCACUGUACAACCUACCAGCUUGCAGGCAUCAGCACACCAAAAAAUUUUAGCUAAAGAGGAGAUAAGAGCAGCCAAAGAGGCGAUGGGGCAAGAUCAGUCUGAUGAACCAGAUUCUUCCACCUUAAGCUUGGCAGAAAAGAUGGCUUUGUUUAACAAACUGUCUCAGCCAGUGUCCAAGGCCAUCUCCACAAGGAAUCGGGGAGAUCUGAGGCACAGGAGAAUGAAUGCUCGUUACCAGACUCAGCCAGUCACCCUUGGAGAAGUUGAGCAGGUACAAAAUGAAAGUGGAAGGAUUGCUCCCCUGUCAAGCGCGGUCGCAACAUCGGUGUCAGCGAUGGCCUCAGCCCUCACUCCGCUAUUUGGGGACCUUCCUGGGAAACCAGGGACUGAUGGAAGUGUGAGUGCAGCCACCAGGUUCCAUCCUGCAGCAGAAAACUCGGAGUCGGCAGCGAAACGCACGCAGAAGUCAGAGCAGUGGCAGCCCUCAGUGGAAGCACUAGAAAGCAGAAGAGCAUCAAAGAAACAUGAAGAAGAAAGAAAGAGGUUUCUAGCACAUGAAGCUAAUGAACUUAAAAAGUACAGCUCCUUUGAGGAAGAAACCACACAUCCUGUUCCUGAAAAAACAGGAGACCACCAUAAAGAGACAGCAUACAGCUUCCUGAGGAAGGGCAGCGUGGAACUCUUUGGUUCACAAGCACUUUUUCAGCCUCUUGAACAGAAGGAAACCGAUACUGGCAUGCAAGAGCACGCUGAGCCUUCUUCUGAACUCACCAGCACAUCAGCCAUGAGGACGGUUUCACAAACUGCAACUGCGGCGUCCUGUAGACUGCAGGAGCUCUCUGAACAAUUGGAAGGCAAAUUUUAUAAGAAUUCCUGUGAGAUKUAUUCCAUGGGAGAGAGCAAAGCACAAACAGCUGAGGAUGCCCUUGAUAAUUCCAGCAAAACCAUGUCAAUUAAGGAAAGGUUGGCAUUGCUGAAGAAGAGUGGUGAAGAAGAUUGGAAGAGCAGGCUCAGCAAAAAGCAGGAGUAUGCAAAAGUGCCCGUCGCUGAUCGCAGUGCGCAGGUGCAAGAAGUUGAGCAGCUGUUGAAGAAGCAAAGAAUGGCAGAUAACCAGGAGAGUCAAAUGACCAUUGAGGAGAGGAAACAUCUGAUUACAGCUCGAGAAGAAGCCUGGAAAUCCAAGGGUAAAGGAGCAGCCAAUGACUCCACACAGUUCACUGUAGCUGGACGAAUGGUAAAAAAAGGCCUGGCUGCUCCAAGUGCUCUGACUCCAGUAGCAUCCCCUUUCCGGCAGAAGUCAAACGCUCCAGUUACAAAGCCCUUGGAAGAAAUUGAAGCCAGGCCUGAUAUGCAAUUGGAAUCAGAUAUGAAGCUUGACAAGUUGGAGUCGUUCUUGGGAAGGCUGAAUAACAAAGUUGCUGGGAUGCAAGAGACARUGCUGACAGUUACAGGAAGAUCUGUGAAAGAAGUGAUGAAGCUGGAUGAUGAUGAAACGUUUUCCAAAUUUUAUCGCCAUGUGGAUUUCCCUUCRUCCUCAGUGCCUUUGGACCUUGAUGAGGAUUUCGAUGCCAUCUUUGAUCCUUAUGCACCAAAGUUGACAUCUUCUGUAGCAGAGCACAAACGUGCAGUUAGGCCCACGCGCAGAGUCCAGUCCUCGAGAAACCCCCUGAAAAUGCUGGCAGCAAGGCAAGAUAUUCUUCAUGAAUACACUGAACAAAGACUGAAUGUUGCCUUCAUGGAGUCAAAGCGAAUGAAAGUAGAAAAAAUGUCUACAAACUCAAAUUUCUCAGAGGUAGCACUUGCUGGCCUGGCAAGCAAAGAGAACUUCAGCAACAUUAGCCUGAGGAGUGUUAAUCUAACAGAGCAAAACUCUAACAACAGUGCUGUGCCAUACAAGAAGCUAAUGCUCCUGCAAAUUAAAGGAAGAAGACAUGUUCAAACAAGAUUAGUUGAACCAAGAGCCUCAUCACUGAACAGUGGAGACUGUUUCCUGUUGUURACUCCACAUUUAUGUUUCUUGUGGGUGGGAGAGUUUGCAAAUGUCAUAGAAAAAGCAAAGGCUUCAGAACUUGCAACUUUAAUUCAGACAAAGAGGGAACUUGGCUGUAGAGCUUCUUAUAUUCAGACCAUAGAAGAAGGAAUAAAUACCCACACCCACGCAGCCAAAGACUUCUGGAAACUCCUUGGUGGACAGUCAAAUUACCAGUCUGCUGGAAGUCCUGAAGAAGACGAAAUGUAUGAAGCCGCAAUAAUAGAAACAAAUUGCAUUUACCGCCUUGUAGAAGAUAAACUCAUUCCYGAGGAUGACUACUGGGGAAAGGUGCCAAAAUGUACCCUGUUACAACCAAAAGAGGUGCUGGUGUUUGAUUUUGGUAGUGAAGUAUAUGUAUGGCAUGGAAAGGAAGUCACUUUAGCACAAAGAAAAGUGGCAUUCCAGCUGGCAAAACACUUGUGGAAUGGCACCUUUGACUACUCCAAUUGUGAUAUAAAUCCUCUGGACCCAGGAGAAUGCAAUCCCCUUAUACCCAGAAAGGGACAAGGACGCCCAGACUGGGCUGUAUUUGGCAGACUCACAGAACAUAAUGAGACAAUAUUGUUCAAAGAAAAAUUUCUUGAUUGGACAGAACUGAAGAAACUCAAUGAGAAGAAUUCUAGUGAAUCCCUUCACCAGAAGGAAGAAUCCAGAUCUGACUCUAAACCAUAUGAUGUCAUGCUCAUGGUUGCUGUGCCUCAAACAACUGUAGGCACAGUCUUGGAUGGAAUGAAUAUUGGCCGGGGCUAUGGACUUGUGGAGGGAGAAGAUGGGAGGCAGUUUGAAAUUAUCACUGCCUCUGUGGAUGUCUGGCACAUCCUGGAAUUCGAUUAUAGUCGACUGCCUAAGCAAAGCAUAGGGCAGUUCCAUGAGGGAGACACUUACGUGGUGAAGUGGAAGUACAUGGUGAGCACUACAGUUGGAAGCAGACAAAAAGGAGAGCAACAAGUACGGGCUGUUGGAAAAGAGAAAUGUGUGUAUUUCUUUUGGCAAGGAAGGCACUCCACAGUGAGUGAGAAAGGAACAUCAGCACUCAUGACAGUGGAGCUUGAUGAAGAGAGAGGAGCACAGGUACAAGUGCUUCAAGGGAAAGAACCACCAUGCUUCUUGCAGUGUUUCCAAGGAGGGAUGAUUGUGCAUGCUGGAAGAAGGGAAGAGGAAGAAGAAAAUGCACAAAGUGAUUGGAGGCUUUAUUGUGUGCGAGGAGAAGUUCCCAAUGAAGGAAACUUACUUGAGGUAGCGUGUCACUGCAGCAGCUUGCGUUCCCGGACAUCCAUGAUUGUCCUCAAUAUCAACAAAGCUCUGAUCUACCUGUGGCAUGGCUGCAAAGCACAGUCUCACACCAAGGAUGUAGGAAGAACAGCAGCCAAUAAAAUAAAAGAACAGUGUCCGCUGGAGGCAGGGCUGCACAGCAGCAGCAAGGUGACAAUUCAUGAAUGUGAUGAAGGGUCAGAGCCCCUGGGAUUCUGGGACGCAUUGGGGAGGAGAGAUCGGAAGGCCUAUGACUGCAUGUUGCAAGAUCCUGGAAAGUUUAAUUUCACACCCCGCCUGUUCAGCCUCAGUAGUUCAUCAGGAGAAUUCUCAGCCACUGAGUAUGUUUACCCUUCAAGAGACCCUGCAGUUGUCAAUUCCAUGCCAUUCUUGCAAGAGGAUCUUUACACUGCCCCACAGCCAGCACUCUUCCUUGUUGACAAUCACCAUGAAGUGUAUCUGUGGCAAGGCUGGUGGCCUGUGGAAAACAAAAUCACUGGAUCAGCUCGAAUCAGGUGGGCUACAGACAGGAAAUGUGCCAUGGAGACGGUGCUCCGGUACUGCAAAGGAAAAAAUGUAAAGAAGCCCCCAAAAUCCUAUUUAAUUCAUGCUGGCCUAGAGCCUCUGACAUUCACUAAUAUGUUCCCAAGUUGGGAGCACAGGGAAGACAUCGCAGAGAUCACAGAAAUGGACGCAGACGUUUCUAAUCAGAUAAUACUUGUGGAGGAUGUGCUGGCYAAGCUGUGUAAAACAGUGUAUCCAUUAGCAGAUCUCUUAGCUAGGCCUCUGCCUGAGGGAGUUGAUCCACUGAAGCUUGAAAUUUAUCUUUCAGAUGAGGACUUUGAGGUUGCAUUAGAGAUGACAAGAGAGGAGUACAAUGCACUGCCAUCUUGGAAGCAGGUUAACCUGAAGAAGGCAAAAGGACUUUUCUAAGCUGURUUUAUGGGAGUGAGCACUAAAGGGAUGUCCACUCUCACUUUCUAUGUCCUUUAAAAGAAAUGUACCCUACAUUUACAAAACAAAUAAAAAUAAYCUGAACUUAUUAGUGACUACCUAUCUGGAGGUGUGUAAUAUUGUAAAAGGCCAAGAGAACUCUUUGAAAAUGGAAUUCAAUUUUGACUCUAAAAGGUAAUAAUGUGUCUAAGCUCUGUUCUCCUAUGCACUUAAACAGUCGUUCCUUGAUCUACUGCUGCAGGUGUCCUUUGGCUAUAUACARUACUUGCCAUUUUUGUUUUUAAAGAAGUUCUCUUUGUAAAGUGUUAUUUUGUUAGUUUGUGGAUUACAAAGAAUUUAUAUUUAUAUAAACACRUAGAACAAGUAUGUAUUUAACAAUGCAAUAUAUAUUCACUUUCAAGACUUUCAUGUCAAAACUACAGAAAAGUAGCUGGAUGGCAGUUGCUUGUACCGAAUUAGCUAUACCACCAAUAUGUAUCUCCUUUGCAUUCUGAAAAGUUUCUCUUUGCAAUAGUUAAUGAAUUGUUCUCAGUGCUGCUUCAGGUGCUAAACCGAACAAAGCRUUUGUAUUUAUAGCAUGGAUUUCUUGAGAAACUAUGCGAAUCAACCUUUAUACUUUAUUAUCCAAAAAUGUAUAGUGCCUUGUUUUUUUGUGUACAGUUUAUAUACAAAAAAAAAGAUUAGUCUGCAUUUUGAAGAUGGCUUAGAAGGGUCUCCUAUGUUACUUUUAUAAUAGUAGAAAUAAAAACAUCUCAGUUUCUAAUACUUGUUGUAAACAUUAAACAUGUCCUUUGUGAUAUAAGAACCRAAAGUAAAAGCUUCUGAAUAAACUUGUAGCGAUGCUCUGGUUUGUCAUUACUUUGUACUGUAAUCUGUAMUAGAUCAUUGGAACCUUCCAUAACAUGGUAUUUUCUCAAAAUAUUUUAACCUUAYGUUUCUGUGGGUACUGUACAGAGUUCUAAUUUGAGAAGCAGAUAAUGUAGAAAAUAAUCAUUGUAUGAGAUAAAAUGAAGUUGGGCAACACUUUAAUGCUGAAUGUUGGAACAGUCACGACUCCUGUAUUCUUUGGUUUUCCCUGUUUUGUAUAUGAAACCAAAAUUAUUAUGCUGGUUUUCAAAUCUGAAAAUAUAUUUUCAACCUUUGUGCAAUUGGGAGUAAAAUUUGAACUGAAAAUGAGCAUUGUGU